AUGACCCUCACCGAAGUGUCCAUCACGAAUUUCAAGGAAAUAGAAGUGCUCGUUCGAAAAGCACAUGUUGUCACGUGCCAGGUCGACCACCCUCUCGACCAUAUCUGCACGAACAUCGUGGUGGACUUCAUCCUCCGUGACGCUACCGCGAAGAACAAGGAGGCCGCUCCCGGUGCACCGAUCGAUCCUUAG